GCAGAUAGUACUAUGGCGGUAAAUUAUUGGGCGUUGUUCUUAACACCUGUUGCUUUUUCUUGGUUUUAUAAUUUGAAUCAGUUCUUGAUUUAAAGUUAAAGCAAGUUCAAGAGUAUUUAUACGCUCUAACUUAAAUCAUGAUACAGUGAGACAUCAGCAAUGGGUAAAAGUGAAGAAAGAAACGGAAGUACAAUUCGAGCAGGAGAAUCAACUUUUCUUACAAAAACAUCAAGCGAAGCUAGUAAAAUGUUAGAAGCUGCUUUAUUACAAAUGGAUGAUAUCAUUUCUGGGACUUGCACUGAAAGCAAUAAUGAAGGAAAUACAGAAUGGAAGGAUUCUGUUAAAGAAGCUACAAGAAAUCUUAUGACAGCAAUUAAAAGUUCUCCAAGUCCUCCUUCUCCUCCGGAUACUACCACCAUUGAAAUUUUACUGCAGUGGAUGCAACCGUUCCAUAUUAAAUUAAAAAAGAAAUAUAAACAUUUUUUUAUAAACUGUAGGCAAAAACAAAUGUUAUUUAUUUUACCAGGUUAUAUAGAUAUGAAGAUUCUUGAAUAUCUAGGAUUUAUUAUGGAUGAAGAAACGAAAGAACGUGCAAGAGGUUCAGAUACGUCAGAAACCAUAUCAAGAACAAAACAGUGGAAUGAUAGAUGGACACAUUCAGAAGGCUAUGAUUCUUCAGAAACAUCAAAUUCUGAACCAGAAGAAGAUGAAUUUACAAAUAUUGGCUUUUUUGAACACAAAGUAGAUGAAUCUGGCAACUGUUUCUGCCAGAGUUGUCCAUUAGGUUAUGCUAAAAUGGUUGCUCUAAAGGGAAGUGUGUCUAAUCUUUAUGAAUCCACAAACUUAACACACAUUGGGACCUUAUCACCAUUGUGUUCUGCAGCAUACAAUAUCAGCCCUUGUUUGAAAAAGCACAAUUGUCAAGAAGAUAAAGGGUAUAAAAGAAAUCGAAGCAAUCAAUCUUUUGAACUAGGAAAAAAGCGAAGAUAUAGAAAUAGAAUAGAACAUGAACAAAGAACUAGGUCACAAACAGAUCUUUUUUUAAGAAGAAGGGAAUCUCCUUAUUGUUGCUCUCUGCAAUAUUUUCAAGAUACUCAAAAGUGGAAUGAGUGUCAGGCAAAGACUGAGGAACGUUUGAGAAAAUUGGAAAAUGAACGGGGAGCACUACGUAUGGAAGUAUCAGUUUUAUCAGAGCAGGUGGAUGCACAAUCCAAUAAAAUUCAAGAGUUGGAAAAUAUGCUUAGAGAGAAGAAAGAUUCUCUCAGAAGAAUGGAGGAGAGAUUGCAGAAAGAAGUACUUUCAAGAAGUGCUUUGGAAACGCAAAAAUUAGAGCUUGUAAGUUCCUUAUCAGAAAUGAAGCUUAGAGAAGCAAGUUUAGAACAUGAAAAUCUUGCACUUCGUAGUACCAGUCCUGUAUCAAAUGGAGAAAAAUUUGGAAGGCAUACCAGCCAAUAUAGUAGUCUUCCUAGGCCACCAAGUUCAUCAAAGAAAGGCGUAGUGUUCGGUAAGGUACCCAGUUUAGUUUCUGGAGCACACACAACAGUGCCAUUGGCCGUUAAAGGACCCUCCGCGAGGUGCCUGUCUGCGCCUACUCUAGCUGAAGAAGAAAAAACAAUUAUAGAAGAUUCAAAUUCUCGAAUAGAAUCAGUUGCACAAAAAUCUUUAAUAGAACUCUCAAUGGAAGAAAUUGGGGAUUGGCUUACAAAUCUAGGAUUAGAAUGUUAUGCGGGUGAAUUGAGACGAUGGGGUGCUACUGGAUCGAAAUUAUUUGAAUGUUCACAACAACAAUUAGAAAAAGAAUUAGAAAUUAAAAAUAUUCUUCACAGGAAGAAAUUAUUGUAUGCAAUAGAGUCAGAAAGAUUUGGUGGAGCUGAAUUUCUUGGAUCAGAUAAGAUGGAUAAUGCGGCAGUUCUGCGGUGGCUUGAUGACAUUGGUUUACCACAACAUAAAGAAGCUUUUCAAAAUGGUAAAGUUGAUGGAAGAAUGUUACACCGACUUACCACUGAAGACCUUCUAAAUCUUGGAGUUACUGCACAAUUACAUGCUGCAAGUCUUAGACGAGGAAUUCAAGUUCCAACGAAACGCAUGCUACAAAUUAAGGACCCAUAUACUAUGUGUCCAAUACUAGUAAGAUCAACAAACGGGAAUGGAGCAGAUGGUGGUAAUAUUCGUCUCUGGACAAACCAUCGAGUAAUGGAAUGGCUUAGAGUAGUUGAUUUAGCGGAAUAUGCUCCAAAUAUGAGAGGAUCUGGAGUACAUGGAGGCUUAAUGGUGUACGAAGGCAGAUUUACUUCCGAACUGUUAGCCACAUUACUUAGUAUUUCCCCUGGAAAAACUCUUCUCCGUAGACAUUUAACUACACAUUUUAAUCAAAUUCUUGGGAGGGAAGUUGUACAAAGGAAAAGAGAGAUUGAGAGUACCCUUGGGUUCGUUCCACUUACGCUUACUGCUCGUCUGAAGGUACCAAAGAAAUCUCAGUUUACAUUAAAGCGCAAGAAAAGCAAGAAUGAAGCAGAUUAUGGUAAUUUGGUUUGUCCUCUGGAAACUUCACCACCAGGUACUCCAUCAACACCCACUUCAACUCCAGGCAGCCCUAACUUGAAUUCACCUACAUUCUAACAAUAAUCACAGAUCACAGUUUCAUCCAAGGGAUAGCAGUCAGAAGAGAGUAAUUGGAUGCAUCUGAACAAUUUCCAGAACCAAAUUGUAACAAAGAAAAACACCAUA